AUGGGGAAGAAAGGUGGCCGCAAGCAGAAAAAGGGCAAGACUGUCCCUGCUCAGGAUGCACCGCUAACCGACAACGCUGCCGAGUCCACCGUAGAGGUUCACGAUGAAAUCGAGACACCCAACCAGCCCGGAUCCCCUUCCCUUUCCACCUCAGCGCCCCUCACCGAUGAGCCUUCGCGGCCAAGCUCGCCGCCAGCUGCCGACGUUUCAGAAUCGAUCGUGAAUCCCGACGCACCGGCCGAGGCCGAGGAACGUGCAGACGACGCUGCGUCACCUACAGAGGGUGCAGACAUCGCGACGGGUCUGAGCGCAGUUAACCUCGAAUCACAAGAUGGCGAUAUUGGCAUGCCCCAGGAGGAGGUCGUGCCAGUAGAAGCGUCCGUGCACAGCGUCGAACCUGAGGACCUGGAACCUGAAGGCGGCGAGAGCGUGCCGGCGUCGUCGCACCAGAAUGAGCCCCAGUCGGGCGAUGUGGGCGAGGCCGCCGAACAGGCCAACGAGCCAACAACAUCGGGAUCCAAACACGAAACUUCACUUGACAGUUUCAAGUCUGUUGACAUCGACACUUCCGAGCACGCCGAAGCAGCUAUCCCGGCCCCAUUAGUCGAGUCGACGUCGACGUCGACGCACACGAACCUGGACGAGUUUGAGGAAGUCGAUAUCGGUGCCGACCAGGAGCAUUCACCACCAGUAGCGGCACCAUCUGAGACUGCGCAACCAGAGGAGCCGGAAUCUACGGAGACGCCCUCUUCUGCCCGUGCCGACAGCCCUGCCGACGAGACGACCGAUACUGCCGGCGACAUACGCAACGAGGACCUUCCCGUGGAGCGGGCGGCGACGUCGACAGAAUCUGAGUACCACGACACUGCUACCGCGGCUGAGCGACCGACCGACUUGCACCCCAUCUCUACCUCUGACGAGACCGAGAUCUCCGACUCGACGCAUCACGCAGCUGUUCCCGACGUCCACGUUGACCUAGGCACGCCCGUCAGCGCGGAUAGCAAGACACCGACCGCCCUUGGCCCGCCGUUCGAAGAGAGCACUUCCAACGCCUCUCGCCGUCAACUUCCCCCACUAUCUGUCGCGCCAGGCUCCAACCCAUCCACGCCAGGCGAGGCGCCGCAGAUCUCGCCCAUGAUCCGUUCCACAUCCAUGUCGUCCUCGCGGGUCGGUAUCAUCUCACCGCGAUCGGCAAAGGGCUCACCGAGAGUGCUCAUGUCGCCCAAGUUCCGUUCCAUCGACGCCACGCAUACGGAUGACGAGUACGACGACGACGACGGCAUGGAGGACAUGCCGAUGGAGAGCGUGCCGUUUGAGUCUAUCCCGCUCGAUGGCGAGACUGAGGUCAAGAAGGGCCUGUCACGGCAAACGAGCCUCGGUUCGUCUCACUCACGCAAUGUGUCGAGGGACUCGAACCUUCCUCCGCCGGCGGCGCGCACCUCGCUCGCGUCUAACGGCCACGCGCGUGUAGACAGCCGCGGCGUGCCGAUUGUGUCCGAACGGCCACGAACGCCCGUGAGCCGAGCCGCGUCCGCCGCGGCCUCAGCAGCAGCGACACCGCGCGAGUCGCCCGGCGCUUCCUCCGCCCCCGCCGCUCCCUCACCGACAGGUUCGCCGCAAGUGAACCCAAUCCCAGCCAACGCAAACCAGCAACCCACACAAGCGCUAGGCGUCAAGGGCGUGAAUGCGUUUGAGAAGUUUGUCUCGCGGACGCGGCCAGCGCACCUUCCGCCAAAGGACAAGUCGGAGGACCAGGCGCACCUGCACGAGUGGGAGAACAUGAUGGCGCAGGCGCGGCAGCACGACGCCGAGGAGCGCAAGAAGCAGGCGGCGCGGCAGGCGGCGCGUGAGAAGCGCUUGCUCGAGGUCACACCGCGGUGGGAGAACAUGCUGAACGCAAAGGACUUUAGUCCCGCCAAGAUCCGCCAUGAUCCCGCAAAGAGGAAACUAUGGUUUGAGGGAUGCCCGCCCCGCUUGAGGGGGAAGGCGUGGCAGCUUGCGAUCGGGAACCCGCUCACGAUGCACAAGGACGCAUACAAGAUGUACCUGAAGCGCUCGCAGCGAGCGCUGGAACACGGCCGAUUCCCCGCCGACAUUCUCGCGCAGCUCGAGGAAGACCUGGACCACACGCUGAACACUUUGCACAUCUUCCAGCGCGGAUCUCCGAUGCGGGACGAGCUGAAGGAGCUCAUCUGCGCCUGGGUCGUGUACCGCAGUGACGAAGCGCUGGGCUACGCGCCGUACAUCAACCUGCUAGCGGCCAUGUUCCUGCUCGUGUUACCAGCCGACCAGGCCUUCUUCAGUCUGUGCAACUUUCUCAGCCGGCCGAUGCUGCGCGCGUUCUACUCCGAGACAACGGACGAGAUCGCAGCCUUCUACCGCGUGUUCGAGAACCUGCAGGCGGACACGUUUCCGCGCAUCUUUGCCAACUGCAAGAACCUGGGCCUGAAGUUGCCCGAGGCGUACUUCCGCUCCGUGCUCGUGGAGCAGGUACCGUUCGACUGCGCGCUGAGGCUGUGGGACCAGAUCGUCCUCGACGGAGACGGGUAUGUGUUCCGUGCGGCUUUGGCCAUCUUUGGAUUCUUAGAGCCGCGCCUGUACUAUCCCGACCGGGAGGAGAUCAAGUCUGUCCUCGACGGGCAUAACAAGGCCAGCAUGCUGAUCCAGGAGCGCGAAAGGGAGAGAGCCAAGCUCCGAGGAGAGGUCUAUGACGAUCACGUCGAUGGCACACUGAGUGUGUUCGGGCUCGGCGAGGAACCGCUCUUUGAGUGGCUCGCUAAUGAUACCUGGCAAGAAAGCAGGUUUGAGCGGCUUGUCGUGCGUGAGCUCCCCGACUAG